ACACCACCAUAUGCUAGAUGCACGUGACGGUAUCUUUGUAGCCUAAUGCAGGCAUCUGUUAAGCCCCGAUGGACCUGCCCUGAUAUACGCGGCCUCUUCCCAACUUACAUAUUACCAUUACUCUACCUCUACAAUCCAAACACUACCAACCAUACCUGCUUCACAUAAGAGCCUGUCCCGGAAAUGGGCCUCCAAGACAAGUUCCCAGACGUACACUGGAUCUGGAAAGGCGCCAUCUCCUAUGUGUACGAGGUUCAUCCUCAGAUUGUGGUCAAGGUCCCCAAAUCAGGAGAUUUUGAGAGAGAGCAGUUUAGAAAAGAGCUCGGAAUAUAUGAUCUCUUCUCCCGUUCCGCUCCGUGUGCUUCGGUGGUACAAUGUUUCCACAGGGCGGAUAACGGCAUAUUCCUCGAAUACAUGCGGGAUAUUUCCCUACACUCCAGACUACAAUAUAGCCAGAUCUGGGACCAUCGAAAUGUGGUGGUAACAGGCGUCAAGAAGCUAGAGCCCCUGAGCCUUCGAAAGCAGUGGAUGCAAGAUCUCACCCAGGCCGUUGCAUUCCUUGAAUCGCUCCAUCUCGCGCACGGCGAUCUUCGACCGGAGAACAUCCUCCUUGAUCGCGACCGGCUGAAGCUCUCCGACUUUGAUUGCACGGCAGAAAUCGGAGCAGACUUCGAGGCUUGCACGCCACCAUACGGCAGGAUACUCAACAGCAGCGAGGCCGAACAUGGAGCAUGCGGAACUUCCGGCUGUCUCGGCCCGCGAACGGAGCAAUUCGCCCUCGGUUCGAUAUACUAUCUGAUUAAUUACGGCUUCGAGGUCUAUGGGGAUCAGACGCUGACCGACGACCAUCGGGAGCGCGGACCGAGGAUAGUCGAUCUACUGCAGCACAUGCAGCUCCCUGACCUGGCCGGUGACGAUCCGUCCAUCGACGCCAUCAUCGACAGAUGCUGGCACAACCAAUAUCCCACAAUCGCGGACUUGGCAACUGCCACAACAGCACUGCUGCUGCUGGGUUGCAACAAAUCCGACGCAAUCAUCGCCCAGGAAAUGGUAAAUGGCGCCCAACAGCAGAUUGUCGAACCCGGCCGGGACAUGCCUUGUUGCGGCCCUGCUCCGACCGGGGCAUUUCUGAGAAAUAAGGCGAUAUGCGAGGAUUUGGACAGGCGGGGGCUACUCGACCUGCUUGCCACCAACGACCCCGAGCAGCUUGGACUUGCGUUGGCGUGGUACAGAUAUACUGCCUAGAUGACGGAGCAUCCCUUACACGGAAUACCGUCCAAAGGCAGGCAGUCUUCGCCCGCGAAACACGAAAGCAAACACUCAGUACCAGCCGCGCCAAAAAGCAAAAGCCGGAAGACACAACCCCUGAGCCCCAUGUAUGACCAGCUCUGGGCCUCCGGGCAAGGCUGUGAGGCACCUUCAUUUGAAAG